AUGGCAACUUCUGGCGUUGCUGCAAAAACAACAGAUACCGCCACCAAGAUCCAUCAUGGUCAGGUCGAGCUCGUUGAGAAUGUCCCCUUAACACCCGACAAAUCCAAUCGUGUUCCAGCAUAUGUUCGGAAUCUUACAGCAGAAGAUCGUAAAAGGAUUGAAACUACAUUGAUGCGCAAAAUCGAUACCAGAUUACUUCCUAUGGUUGUGCUUAUUUAUAUAAUGAAUUAUCUUGAUCGCAAUAAUAUCGCAGCUGCAAAAUUAGCGGGACUGGAAAAAGAUCUAAACUUGACGGGAGAUCAAUUUCAGACUUCUGUUAGCAUUUUAUUUGUAGGAUAUUUGCUGAUGCAAGUACCAUCCAAUCUCCUUUUGAACAAGCUUGGAAAGCCGUCGCUGUAUCUGCCUGGAUGUAUGGUAAUUUGGGGUUUUAUUUCUGGAGCUACAGCUGGAUGUAAAACGUAUGGUAGUUUGCUUGCUUGUCGAUUUAUUCUUGGCUUCGUUGAAGCUGCUUAUUUUCCUGGGUGUUUGUACUACCUCUCGGCUUGGUAUACACGCAAAGAACUGGUGAAACGAACAGCUCUUCUCUAUUCGGGAUCUCUGCUCUCAGGUGCAUUCUCAGGUUUGAUCUCCGCGGGUAUCACCAAUGGCUUGGAUGGUGCCAAAGGACUCAGUGCUUGGAGGUGGCUUUUCAUCGUCGAGGGUACAGUUACAGUCUUCAUUGCCUGUUUUGCCUUUUUUAUCCUUCCUGAUCUUCCACGAACGACACGUUGGCUCUCGGAUGACGAAAAAGACUUUGCAGCAUGGAGACUCGAGGAAGAUAUUGGACAAGAUGACUGGGUUGAUAGUAAGCAGCAGACUUUCUUGCAUGGCGCCAAGCUUGCUCUCAGAGAUCCCAAAGCAUGGCUUUUACUCGCCACAAUCUAUGGGUUCACGUCCGCCGGCGCCGUUACGACUCUGUUCCCAUCCGUUGUAAAAGGCCUGGGUAAGGAUAACAUCACAACACUUCUAUUGACAACACCUCCAUAUCUCAUUGGGGUUAUCGCAAUUCUCGGUAAUGCCUGGCAUGCAGACGCAACCGGCGAAAGAUACCUACACGUUGCUCUGCCUCCAGUUUUGGCGUUCAUCAGUUUCGCCGUUGCGGCAGGUACGAGUAAGUUUGCGCCAAGAUACCUGGCACUAUGUGUUAUGGUUGGAGCGAACUAUUCGGGGUACGUGGUUGCGCUUAGCUGGAUCUCGAAUGUGCUUCCUCGACCUCCAUCAAAGCGUGCUGCUGCUCUUGCGGGUAUCAAUGCGCUAAGUAAUGUUGCCCAGAUCUAUUCACCAUACCUUUAUCCUAGCAGCGAUGCACCUCGUUACGCCACAGCAAUGUAUGUCAACCUUUCGAUGUCAGUGUUAUCGAUCAUAUUUGCAACGGUACUGAGGUUUCAUUUGAUGAAAUUGAAUAAGAAGUUAGACGAAGGGGGGAUCGUAGAAGGAGUCAAUGACAGAGUAGCUCCAGGUGGAGGUGACGAGGAAGGUGAAGGCGAGGUAGUCGUUGUUGAUGGAGGUUUUAGAUUUUUGUACUGA